AUGGAACUGACCAACGCUAAGCGACUGGAAACUAUACUUGCAAAGGCUGCUAAUCGUUAUGAAAUUGAGCCUAAUUUGAACAACUUGAUGAGCGACAGCGAUUAUUGUGCCUUUCAAGUUUCAACUCUUUCUACAGAGUCGCCUCCAAAACCGCUGCCCGAGGCAUGCACUGAUAUGAAUUUGAAUUUCGAUACGCCUGGAUUCGUGCGAUUGCCGUGGUCUACUGCAAACAUCAGUAACGGCUUCCACCAGUGCGUUGAUUCAGAUCAGAGGUUCUAGUU